AAAAAAAAAACAAUUUGACAGUGACAUUUGAACGACGAAAAAGGCAACAUAGAUUGUUUUUAUCCUAAGCAAUGAUGACUGCUAAAUAAUCCUAAUAUUGUUUCUAUGUGUUUAAAAUGUUAAACUUAAAUGGAAUGAUCUAUAUCCUUUUUAUAUUUUUCACCCACUACAAAUUACUACAAGCGGAUAACACAGAUGCAGCAUAUAAAUUGGAACGUUUGAGUACUGUUGUAAAUAAUGAUGAGACACCAAAGCCUGCAGAUUGUAUGCCGCUCCUAAACAAGUUUGCAGAUGCAUCAGCAAAUUUUACAAAAUGUAGUAUAAAACAUGCGCGGCCAGUACGACUUUGCGAGAAGUGUAUUGACCACUAUGUGUCAUUCCGAGAUAAAUACCAGGCUUUACUGAAAAAAGAUGAUAAUGGAACAUCAUGUAAGGAGAUAUUUAUUUCACAUGACACACUCGAUGUUGUUUUAGGAUAUUACAACAACAUUAUGUCUGUGUGGAAUAAAGGAAACUGUAAUGGAUGUUACAAUUGGACAAAUGGAGCACCAGAAUUAUCAAAUAAUACAAUAAAAUUCUAAAUUUUUAAUGACACUAUAGACUGUAUUCGUAAGAAUUUGACUCCAGAUGAAACAAACUAUACAAAAGUCUGUGACAACUGUAUGCACAGUUAUUUACAGUUGAAUAAUUUUUAUGAAUCACUCAGUUAUGAUCCUAUCGGUUUAGAUAAUAUUUGCAUGGACGUGGUUGAUUCUAUGAAUGCGACAAGAUCAAUAUGGAGUAAGAGUCUCAAUUGUUGUAAACUAAGGAAAACACCAGAAAUCAUAUUUUUAUGUUGUACAGCAAUUAUAGCAAUGUUGCCAAUCCUUUACUAUCUAGCUGUAAGAUUCUGUGGACCAAUAAGAGACUUGCCCAAUGUGUUAAAGCAAUCAAGAUUUAAACAAACAAUUCUGAGGUCUAUGAAUAGAAGAAUGAAUUAAAAGAAAAUCACAUGAAAAGUUGAACAAAAUUUAUUACUGCAUUUGUAUUUAUAUUUAACCAAAGACAUCAAAAAUAAAAUAUUUGGAUUCUUAA